AUGAGCAGCAGUGCUGAAAAUAUCGCCCGAAACGCCCGUCUCGGUGGUAAUGUUUUGAAGACAAUUUCCAAUGAGAACCGUUCUUCGCUUCUGCACAAGAUUCAUGAUGGAUUGAAAGCAAAUGCAGCUUCUAUAAAGAACGCAAACCAGUUGGAUCUGCAAAAUGCUCUGGAAAACAAGCUCGCAGACUCGCUUUACAAAAGAUUAGACCUUUUCAAAGGUGAUAAGUUCGACACAAUGCUGGUGGGCAUCAAGGAUGUGGCAGCGCUCGAAGAUCCAGUUGGAAAAGUCAAACUAGCACGAGAAUUAGAUGAGGACUUGAAUCUUUACCAGGUCACAGCUCCCGUGGGUGUGCUUUUGGUGAUUUUCGAAUCAAGGCCAGAAGUUAUUGCCAAUAUCACUUCUCUGGCUAUUAAAUCCGGUAAUGCAGCCAUUUUGAAAGGUGGCAAAGAAUCCGUCAACACGUUUAGAGAGAUUUCACGCAUCAUCAAUACGGUUAUUUCGGAGAAUGAACGGAUCUCUGGUAUUCCUUCUAGCGUCAUUCAAUUAAUUGAGACUCGUCAAGACGUUUCAGACCUUUUGCAACAAGAUCUUUACAUUGACCUUGUUGUCCCCCGUGGCUCCAAUGCGCUUGUAAGACAGAUCAAAUCGAGUACCAAAAUUCCUGUUUUGGGCCACGCCGAUGGUAUUUGCUCGAUCUUCCUGGAUCAGAACGCUGAUCUGGAAAAAGCUAAACGGAUCACCAUAGAUGCCAAGACUUCCUAUCCAGCUGGAUGCAAUGCGAUGGAAUCCUUGCUAAUAGAUCCCAAGAUGCCCAAUUGGUGGCUGGUCCUUCAAAAUUUAGCUGAAGCCGGAAACGUGAAGCUACACGUCACGUCCGAUGUAAAAGCUGCUUACUUCUCUAAGCUUCAAGAAAUCGGCAAUUUGAAUGAGCAAUUGCAAAACUCUGUUGUCGACGCCGAUGAGUCUAUUGAUUUUGACAAAGAGUUUCUGUCACUUGACUGCGCGGUGAAAUUUGUAGAGUCGACUGAAGCGGCUGUUACGCACAUCAAUCUGCACUCUUCCAAGCAUACCGAUGCCAUCAUCACAGAGGAUCAACCAAGCGCUGAAAAAUUCAUGAAGGGUGUUGAUUCUUCAGGCGUGUACUGGAAUGCUUCAACGAGAUUUGCUGAUGGUUUCAGAUACGGUUUCGGUACUGAAGUCGGUAUUUCAACAAGCAAAAUCCACGCACGCGGGCCAGUAGGCUUGGAUGGUCUUGUGAGCUACCAAUACCAGCUGAGAGGCAAUGGGCAAGUUGCCAGCGACUACGUUGGAUCUGGUGGCAGCAGAGCAUUUGUUCACAAGAAUCUGGAUAUUACCAAGGUACAACUAUAA